AUGGAGCUUUAUGCAGUGAAACACGCGUGUCCAUACUGCUCGAAGAGGUUCAACCACAAAUGCAACCUCGACUCCCACAUCCGAGUCCACACGGGCGAGAAACCAUUCGAGUACACCUUCUGCAACAAACGGUUCAACCAACAAAGCAACUUGAAGUCACACAUGAUUACACACAUCAACUUGAUCAAGACGGGGGAACACUUCCCGGGAAAGUACGCCCUUGAGAUGCACAUGAGAACACACACGGGCAAGAGAAAUUUUGAGUGCAAGUUGUGCGAGAAGAGGUUCUUCCAGAAAGGUCACAUGAAAGAUCACAUGGUGACCCACAUCAGCACGCUAAAGAAUACAGAGUUUGCACGGUGUUGCUGGAUACCCGACCAUGCCCUUGAACACAGCCCCACAUUGAGUAGACCAGAACACGAGCCUGACCCCCGAUGGCCGUGUUCCAUGCCCGAUGUGUCACAAGAUGUUUCCAAGGAAAAACAAUCUCAAACUACACAUGCGCGAUUUCACACGGGCGAGAAACCUUUUACUGUACGGUCUGCCAGAAAUCGUUCAACUGGAAAGACAACCUACGAUUUCACAUGGUGCAGCAUAUCCCAUAGUCAUGCUUGUGAGUUCUGUGGGAAACGUUUUCGUACGCCAUCCUUGCUGAUCAGGCAUUGCAGGACGCACACUGGAGAGAAACCGUUCAGAUGCGACGUCUGCGGGAUGAGCAAUAUUAGAAAUCGUGACAGUAUUGGAAGUCUACCGUUCUCCUCCAGUAACGCCCCAAUCGCGAGCGCCAUCGCCGAAAAGGCCGUGUUCAACGAAAACCGCGAGCUGUCCUGCUGCUUCUGUGUGCGCAAAUUUUGCUGGAAAUCUCGUUUCCACACCAAGGAGAGGCCGUUCGUCUGCAACAAGUGUGGCCAGGGAUAUGAGGAAACAGAUCCUCAAGGAGCAUGUGCUCAAGUGCACUCCACGGAGAACACUCGUUCCCUGUACACGAAGUACGCACCAAAAGCUACAGUUUACGCCAACAAAGCCGUGCUUGAUGAGAACGGGUACCGGUGUCCCGUCUGCCGUCAGAUGGUCGCCUAUCGCUACACGCUGCUUGAACACAUGGUAACACACACCAAGGAGAAGCCCUUCCGAUGUGCCUUUUGCGUGGCCAAGUUCACACUCAGGGAUUCGCUCAAUCAGCAUAUAAACAAAGUGCACCCGGAGACGACUGGCAUGGAGUGA